AUGGUUUCCCAAUUCCAUCUAUUGCCUCAAACAUUUGCCAUAACAUUCUAUGUUCUUGUAUGCAUAUUUGUGAGCGUUGAGCCAGCCAUUACAAGCACUGUCACGGACAAGGAGGCUUUGAUCUCAUUCAAGUCAGGGGUCAGUCUCCCUCCAUCUUAUUGGGACCAAAACUCAUCUCUAUGCACCAACUGGACUGGAGAUGUUUGCAACAAACUUGGCAACAGAGUUGUUGCUCUUCAGCUUUCCGGCUUGGGACUUGCAGGCUCCAUAAGCCCUCACAUCGGUAACCUCUCCUUCCUCCGUUCCCUUCACCUUCAAAACAACAAAUUAAUAGGAAACAUUCCCUCUCAAUUUCUCCACCUUUUCCGCUUGAAAUCUCUAAACUUGAGCUCCAACACCAUUCAAGGUCCACUGCCAUCAAACAUGACCCAACUUAUUGCGCUCCAAACACUUGACUUGGCCUCAAAUAACAUCACAGGAACUCUUCCUGAAAAUCUCAGUCGCUUGAAAAAUCUUCAAGUCUUGAAUUUGGCACGAAACAAUCUUCAUGGUCCAAUCCCAUCAUCCAUAAGCAACCUCUCAUCCACUCUCACACAUUUGAACUUAGGCACAAAUAGUCUCAGUGGUAGGAUACCGAGUGAAUUGGGUUUCCUUUAUAAACUCAAGGAACUUGAUCUUGCUGUUAACCAACUCACUGGGACUGUUGCCCUUUCCAUAUACAACAUCUCUUCUCUAGUUUUGUUCACCGUAGCUUCAAACCAACUAUGGGGUGAGAUUCCAAGCAAUAUUGGUCACACACUUCCAAAUCUUCUAUACUUCAGAACUUGUAUCAAUCAAUUCACGGGAAAAAUUCCUGCUUCUUUGCACAAUAUCUCCGGUAUUCGAUCAAUUCGCUUGGCCAACAACUUGUUUGAAGGAUCAGUUCCACCAGGCCUUGGAAAUUUGCAGUUCCUUGAAAGGUACAACAUUGGUUUCAAUCAGAUCCUUAGCUACGGCGACGAUGGUCUCAGUUUCCUCACUUCCUUGACAAACAACACCCGUCUCCAAUUCCUUGGCAUUGAUGAUAAUAAUUUGGAGGGUGUAAUUCCAGAGUCCAUUGGCAAUCUCUCUGGAGUUAUCGAAAAGCUGUACAUGGGAGGGAACCAUAUUUACGGUCACAUACCCUCCUCAAUUGGUCACCUCAGUAGCUUGACUUUGCUUAAAGUAAGCUACAAUUUGAUCUCUGGUGCAAUCCCACCUGAAAUAGGCCAGCUGAAAGAUUUGCAAAUGCUUGGUUUAGCAGCAAACAAAAUGUCUGUCCAUAUUCCAAACUCCUUAGGUAAGCUCAGAAUGUUGAACAACAUUGAUUUAUCCGGAAAUUACUUUGUUGGCAAUAUACCCCCUUCUUUUCCCAACUUUCAGAAGUUGCUUUCCAUGGACUUAUCCAACAACUUGCUCAAUGGAAGCAUUUCUAGAGAAAUAUUUCUAAGCCUCCCAAUCCCAAGUUUGAGCACCAUUUUGAAUUUGUCCAACAACUUUUUGAGUGGAACUUUGCCUGAAGAAAUUGGGCUCCUAGGAACUGUGGUCACUAUAGACCUCUCCGACAACCGCUUCUCUGGAUCCAUUCCCAGCUCAAUCGGAAAGUGUUCAAGCUUGGUGGGAUUGUUCAUGGUCAGAAAUACACUUUCUGGUCCUCUUCCUAAUGCUCUUGGAGAAAUGAAAGGUCUUGAGAUUCUAGACCUGUCCUCAAACCAGCUUUCUGGGUCCAUUCCUGAUACACUUAAAGACCUACGGGUUCUGCGCUACUUGAACCUUUCCUUUAAUCUCUUAGAAGGAGUAAUUCCUAAUGGUGGAAUAUUUGUUAAAAAUAUCUCUAGUGUCUAUCUUGAAGGCAACCCAAAGCUCUGCCUACAUUUUCCUUGUGUGGAGAGUGCUGCAAGCAGUCAUAGGAGAAAAGUACUGGUCUCAGUUACAACAAUAUUGGGAAUAUUGGCAGUAUGCAUUAUGGGUGGUUGUUUGCUCUAUGUUAGGAAAAGCAAAGCAAGAGUAGCAGCAACUUCUGAUUUAGUAGUAAAAGGGGCAGCAUCGAAUGGGUGUCUAAGAGAAGGAAUUGAAGUUGCAGUGAAGGUGCUUGAUAUAAGAAAGACAGCAUCCUUGAAGAGUUUUUUGGCAGAGUGUGAGGCACUGAGGAGCACAAGGCACCGAAAUCUUGUUAAGCUGAUCACAUCAUGCUCCAGCAUAGACUUUAAGAAUAUGGAGUUUCUGGCUUCGGUUUAUGAGUAUCUGAGUAAUGGGAGCUUGGAAGAUUGGAUUAAGGGUAAGAGAAAGAACGCAAAUGGAGAUGGAUUGAACAUUGUGGACAGACUCAAUGUGGCCAUUGAUGUUGCUUGUGGGUUGGAUUAUCUGCAUCAUGAUUGCGAAGUUGCAGUGGCACACUGUGAUUUAAAGCCUAGCAACAUUCUUCUGGACAGAGAUAUGACUGCGAAAAUUGGAGAUUUUGGGCUGGCCAAGUUGCUGAUAGAAAGAACUGGCAAUAACGAUCUCAGCUCCACAAAUGUCCUAAAGGGUUCCAUAGGAUAUAUGCCCCCAGAGUAUGGUUUUGGACAAAAACCAUCGACAGCCGGAGAUGCAUACAGUUUCGCAGUGGUGCUGUUGGAGCUGUUUACUGGAAAAAGCCCAACCCAUGAAAAUUUCACAGGAGAUCAAAACCUUAUUAGAUGGGUGCAAUCAGCCUUCCCUGAAAACAUUGUACAGGUACUAGACUCUGAGCUGCUACACCUCAUGCAGCAUCUGCCUAAUGAAGGCCAAAUUAAUAUCAUCCCCGAAGCAGAACGUAAUUGCCUGAUCUCAAUUAUGGAGGUUGGGAUCUCUUGUACUUGUGCUUCGCCUGAUGGACGCAUUGGCUUGAGGGAUGCCCUUUGCAAACUGGAAACUGCUAGACAAACCCUUUUCGAGCAUACUCAUGUCUGA